AUGCGCUCUCUUGCGCUUAUAUCGCUACCGACUUUCUCUGAAGAAGCAGAUUCUGGGUCGUCUAUUGGCAGUAGCAGUCUUAAUGUAUCGCGUCCAUGCAGUAGGAGCACAGUUCGAGGCAUGAGCGAUGAUGAUAACGAUUUAGCUCUAUCAACGCUUGGAUCUGGAGAUCCGUGGGACACUGGGCGACCGAGCGAUGUCGGAACCGACUCCUUCGAUGGCUCGCGUGGCCAGCCUUUUAAUGUUCAUGGGGUCGAGAGACCUAGUCCACCCCUUGAUAUCCUUGGUUUCCAAUACUCAACACAUGACGCUGAAGACGAUCCAAUCAUCCAGUCAAUGCUGGGAUAUAUGAAGAGUGAGGCUGCAACGGUAGAGAAGAAUCUUAAAGGAGAAUCGAUGCUUUUAGGGGAUCAAGAUUCUAGGUUCGACCAAUACCCUACAGCCUUAGAGGCGAAAAAUAUCGAGGCGAAACCCUAUUCAGAAUUUCAAGAUCCAAAACCAGCUGAAUCAUCUACACUAAGCUCAUUGCCAUCAGCUACUGACAUGUCAGAAGAAACUCUGUCUGGCUUCGAUUUACCCUUGCCAGGCUAUAAUGACGAGGUCAAAAACAGAUUAAAGCCAACUAAAGGAAAGGAGAAAGCAGAAUCGACCACACAACAAACAAAGAAUCUAUCUACUGAGAGGCAAGCAGAAGUGGGAAUCAAACACGUCUAUUCACAAUCGGCAUUCAGGAGGUCAAAAAGUAUCAAAUCCGACUAUGAGAUUAAUGUUAAUGGUCCAAUUGAAGUUAUUGGGUCAGUUAAGUCUGGCAGUAGUGUAACUUUGACUGGGGAUGUUAUAGUAAGAGAGAAAGUCGAUGCCUUUGGUAGUCUUCUGUUGAGCGGGAGUAUCCGAUGCGACGGCAAGGUGAAAGCUUACGGAAAUAUUACAGUUAACGGCUAUACUUUAGUCAAUGGUAAAAUGAAAGGAUGUGGCAAAUUGAGAAUUAUAGGUACACUUGAAACGACUGACCUGGAGAUCUACGGUAAUGUUUCUCUUACUGGACAUUUGAAAUGUAGGCGUCUCGUUGUGUAUGGGACGCUCACCUUAAUAGGAUCUGAUUCUUCUUACUAUAUAGAAGAAUCUGAGCAGGUUGCCGGAGCUGUAAGAAUGGCAGAAGCAGAGCCGGAUUGGGAUUGGUAA